UCGUUGCUCUGAUUGGAUCCUGCAUUGAAAAUGGGACGGGCUUUUGCCGGAAAUGUCGUUUCCGUGUCUGGAUGUAAUCAUAUGCGAGAUGGUGCUGUGGACCGAAUGGAUAUUAUGAAAUAAAAUAAAUACAACAUCUAAUGUUUCGAUGGACCCAAUCGCAAAUUGAGCAUCAUUCGCUGUAAAAUCGUUUUCGCGGAUUUAUCUUUUUUGUUUGAUGUAAUUUAUCAGUGAUUACACCCCCCCCCAACAAACGCAUUUGGCUGUGUGGCUAUGACUACGGAUUUACUAUCUGAUUUGGAUAGUCGUUUCUUCGCUGAUAACCUUCUGACAAGCGAAGAUUGGGGUAAGAUGCCUGUCUGUACCAGUGCGAGAGCAUGGAGGAGGGAGAGGAUGGGGAGUACACGAGACGGCCGAAAUAUGAAACAUCGUUUGACAACGAUCUCGUGCUGACUCUUGAUCCCGACAAUCCCACGUCGCCGUGGAGACACCUGGAUGACAACCUUCUCACAGGUGCAGAGAUGAAUAAAACAUGGGACAGUCCCAUAUUGAAAGAUAAAAUGACGAUAACGCAGCCUUUGCCAGUGGACAUGUUGUUCCGGGUGAAGGCGGAGCCUCCCUCCCCUGCCUCCUCGCUGGCCUCAGACUGCUCCCUGACGUCACUCCCAGACUCACAGAUCACAGUGAAAGGGGAGAACCCGCCCACACCUCCUUAUAUGUUUGGAGAUGUGCUGUCGCCACCACUUGGCACAUGUGAAGUCACGGUGGCCUCCGCGCCACAGGCCCAGCCACAGUCCCAUUUGCUCCCACAGCAACACCAGACAGCAGUCAACAAUGGCAUCGACGCACUUGCCACAGUCCACCCCACUGCAGCAACCAUCAAAGCCAGUACCAUCCUGAGCAGUAAGCCUCCCAUCCAGCCCAGGCCUGUGUGUUUAUCGGCUCUCCCCGUCCCCCAGUCUCCCAGUCCAGCCAAGGCCCUCAUACUGCACAGCCUGCCUAGCAUGGACCAGAGCAGGCCUGUGGUGCUUUCCCAGUCUGUCUGUCUGGGGUCCACUCCAGCCAUCGUCAAAAUGGAGCCUGUCUCUCCCAUCAUGCCUCACGGCCAUAGCCCCACAGCCCCAUUCCCCAGCAAACCCGUAGUCCCAGCGUCCUCUCUGCCAGGGAGCAAUGGCAUUGAUGUGAGUGUCUGUCAGUCACAUGUCAGUCAGUCAAUGAAGGUGAUGAAGAGGCAGCAGAGGAUGAUCAAGAACCGGGAGUCGGCGUGCCAGUCACGCAAGAAGAAGAAAGAGUACCUGCAGAACCUGGAGGGCCAGCUGAUGGAGGCGCAGCAGGAGAACGAGCGCCUUCGCAGGGAGAACCAGGCCCUGAGGGAGAGGCUUGUCGGGAAAGAGGGCAGUGAGUCUGGUAACAAUAAGAGGGCCGUCUGCGUCAUGGCAGUGCUACUGUUCAUGACUUUCAGUUUCGGCCCUGUCAGAAUGUUUUCCUCCAGUAUCACAGACAGGAAGCUGGAGACGGGACUACACGAAGAGGUGGUGCCUCACGCAGGAAGACGUCUCCUGGAGUUUGAGACGGCUCAGGAACACAGCAGAGUGGAGGAAAGGAUGGAUCCUGAGGAGGAGGAGGCAGGAGAGGAUGGGUGGAAGGGAGGAGAAGUGGAGAGGGAAUCCACCGAUUCAUACCAGUUUAGGAACCUGAGUGACGUGUUCAGUGACGUGAAGGACCUGGUCCUGCAGGACAUCGACCGCUAUUUCACCUCCAAUGACUGCAGGCAGUUCAACCGUUCCGAGUCCCUCAGGCUGGCGGAUGAGCUGAGAGGAUGGGUUCACAGGCACCAGAUCGACAGGAAGAAGUCUGGAGGGAAGCCAAAGAUGGUGAAAAAAGCUAAAAUAGCGCAGAAAGCACAGCUAAGGAAGACAAACUUCUCCAGAUAUCUUCCCAUACCGGCCCAUCGUUCCAUCGAGAGUCAGAUACAAGUGUUCCCUGCCGGUCCCGAGAUCAGCUACAGUGACUUCAUGGACGCCAUCGACCGGCGUGAGGAUACCUUCUACGUGGUCUCCUUCAGACGGGAUCACCUGCUGUUGCCUGCCAUCAGCCACAACAAGACCACACGGCCCAAAAUGUCCCUGGUGAUGCCGGCUAUGUCUGUCAACGAGAGUUUAUAUAACAAAUCCCAUGAGAUGAUGAUGCAGGUGGAUUGUGAGGUCAUGGACACCCGGAUCAUCCCCAUCAAAGCCUCCGAUGUUCCCCCGUCCCUCCGCGACCCCCCUUCGGCUCCCCCCGCCCACCAUCACCACAGCAACCACACCUCCCUCCGAGGCCGCCACCAUCCCCACACCGGCGGAGCGGAGUCUCCACGGCAACCCUUACCCAUCAGAAGACGGGAGGCUGAGUAUUACAUCAGCCAGGGGGGCCAGGUUUGAGGUUAUUGAAGGUGAACAAUCGAGAGGGGGAUUGGAGGAGAAAGGACAGGUAGCGGAAAACGGGACAGAGAGGGUAAUGGGAGAUCGAAUAGGUGAAGUUAGAUCUGGAUGCGGACUUAAUAAGGGAGAGUUGAAAGGUUGUAGGAAGCAAAUCUGUUAUGGAAUUACGGAGGCCAUCUGUACUAAUUGAAACGGAUGUUUAACAGUGACCUUGUGGUGCCCCGAUGUUGAAAUGUUGUCUCAGCAACUCAAAGCAAAUGUGUUUUAUUAUACUGAAGACUCAAUAUACUAAUAGCCACUUUGCAAACCUGCUCUGUUUUUAUAUUGAAGAAGUCAAAUAAAAUUGAAGGGGAAAAAUCUGAAAACAAAGCAAACCUAAAGGCUAUGCCAUCACCCACGUUAUUUAACCUCAUCCCACUUGACACCCUCUUUUAUUUAUAUAUAUUUUUUACAUUCUAGGAUUCAUGUUUACCAAUGGCUCCUAACUAAAUCAUUUCUUAAUAUAUAUACUUUUUUUUUAAAACCUGCCCAAAACAUAGACCUGGCAGUACACUGCACUAAGACAGAGCACAGAACUAAUCACUGAAAUAUAUAUGCAGCUAGUGGUAGAAUGGACUGCUCAUGGUUUCAUUUGAGUUGUUGUUGUUGUAGAGGUUGUCUGUAUAUUUGUUUUUAUCGCUUUCCAUUCAGAGGGCUCCUGCAGGUCAGAUGCUAGUUGUCAGCUUAGAUUUGGUUUUUGUUUGUUUAUUUUAUGUCAAAUGUGUUUUGGAUUUGUAUGAGGAUUAUUUAACUUGAGUUUAUUGGUUGUAAAUAUAAACGGUAGCUGUUGAGUUACUUUUUAAAAAAUUCAUACCUAUAUUCUGUCCUCUAAACCUCUGCAUCUUAUGGGCACAAACCUGCUGUUCCAGAAAUGAGCACAGUAAUAAUAAGUACAUGGAUGGACUAAAUAUAUUUGCAUUGAAUGUAGACCACCACCUUGAUCAUACCGUGUGUUUCUAUAUACAGGUGAUUUUCUCACUUGCACAAAUCUUGCAGCUGAUCCAUUUGUGUCUCUGUGUAAUUAUGGAGAACAGCAACAGCUGUGAUAGUGCAGAGAAAAAAAAACUAGGAUGUAUUAACAUCCGAAUAAAUUCUCAAUGUCAUCAGCAAUUACUGACACUUUAUCCAGAAUCAUCCAGUCACGCUGAAAUGAUAGAAUGUAUUGUUUCUCAUACACAGUAUAUGUGAAGUAAUUCCAGUGAACUGUAAGCAUCGUUUUCAGUUGUUUUUCUUUUGGUGGUUGUCGCCCCCCCCACACACACACACACACACACACAAACAAAAAUACAGUCUUAGUCUUUUGACCAAAAGUGAUUUCUGAAUUUACAAUGAGAUGUUAAGGCAUUUUCUUUAGUUGCAAACUCUCGCUAUGUUUUGUCUGUCUUUCUCUGCCUGAAGCACUGCACGCACUUCUUUGGCAAGUGUGUAUUUUUGAGAUAAUAAUGCCGUUCUCAUGGGAAUACCACCCAUGUUGUAACUUUUUUUAAAUAUGAAAAGUAGAAUUAUUAUUAUUAAAAUAAAUGAAUAAAAAAAAUUGAUAUGAAA